AUGGAUCCCGAAUCGUUUAAAGAACAAUUCAUCGUCGGCGAUUACAUAGUGAUAGAAUUGACGAGCGACGAUAUAUUCGAAGGAGAAAUAGCAGACUUAGCUUCUAGCAGAAUCGAUCUGAAGAACCCCAAACAACACAAUAACGACAACGAGCUUAGUGGAAUAUACACGUUCUACAGAAACGAAAUUGUUAGUAUAAAAAAAUUCAAGAAUGAAGUAAAAGAAAAAGCUUCCGACAGCCUCUUAAGCCAGCUCGAAGUUAACUUCAGCGGUUUGGAAAUAGUGGAAUCCGAAUACGACCGUUUAAAGGACAUGACCAGAGAUUUCGUGUACAUCGAAAAUGCUGAUUCGAGAUAUUUCGAUGCUGUGAAUGUGAUAUCGAAGGCCGAAACGAUCGGAGUAGCCGGAUUAGGCAUUGAAAAAUGCAGAGGAGGAUCGAUUAAAUUAUUAGCCAUAUGCACGUGGGAUCAAGUCUACCUAUUCGAUUUCAUUAAUGUGAAGCAGAAGAAGUUUUACGCUGAAUUAAAAGAAGUCUUCGAAGCGGAAUGUACAUGCAAAGUCAUCCACGAAGCCGGCCCUUUACUGGACAUACUAUACAGAGGAUACGAUGUGUUUGUUAAAAACGUAUUCGAUACUCAAGUUGUGGAUUUGAUCAUCAAAAAGAAAGAAACUGGAAAAAUACCUGUUAGUUUACAGAGCGUUUCUGAUUUACUGACCGAUUAUUUGAAAUUCCCUUCGCCUUAUUUGGAGAAAGCCAUGGCCACCACGAUUAAUAAAUGGUCCGAAAGGCCUCUGAGCACCCGAAGAAGAACAUACGCAUCGCAGUUGGUCGCUUACUUGAUAACCCUUAAGGAGCACAUGCAAAGGGUUCUGUUCGGGGAAAUCUACGAAGCCAUUGAAAAAGUGCACGAUUUCUACUUCUAUUUGGAUGGAUACAACUUUGAGAAAAGUUGGCAAGACAAGUUGGUGCCCAAACAGAUUCAGAAUCUAAUUCCUAAUUUGAGGAGGAAUCCCAUAGAGAGAGAUACUAUUGUCAAAACUAUGUCACCAACACCUUCUUUAGUGGACAAUCCGCAGUAG